AUGAGUACAUCAAUAUGGGAGCUUACGACUGUGUGCAUUGGUAUGUGCAUCGAGCAGGGCCUGCAUAAGAGCCCACGACGAAAAGUGAAAGGCAAGAUUAGUUUCUUGCAUGAGCAGUUGCAACGACGGGUGUUCUGGGAAUGUUACAUGAUUGAUAGAUACAGUUCGGUUACCCUUGACCGUCCAGCCGCCGUCGCGGAUGAGGACAUUCAUGUUUGCUUUCCAGCCGAUGCGAAUGACGAAGAGAUCGACGCUGCAAAUUCUUCCGGGGCAUUUGCCGAUUUAGACUCAUUUUGUCAAGCCACUACCACAGGGUCUGCGCCGGAGAGUAAUACUGAAAUGUCCGUUUUCCUCCUGUGUCUGAGACUGCGUAAGAUCACUUCUAAGAUUCAGAAGAGAUUCCGACAAAAGGUUGAACGCGCGACUGGAGCGACCAAUCAAGUUUCGACAGAUUCAAUGACUACCAGUGGAAAGAUACAUGCAAGCUUAGAUGAGCUAUUGUCGGAGCUAGAGGAGUGGCGGCGCUCGGCACCAAUGUUCACAAAUCCACGGAGCCUCUACGAGACACAGGAAUGGUAUGAUCUUCUUCUCAUAAGGGAAAAGCUGCUCCUUGUACGCAAGGCAGUCGACCUUGUGCCAAAGCAUAGCAACAAUAUACCACCGCAGGAUUUGGUUUCACUUUGUCUGGAGUACUCGAUCAGGACUAUCACGCAGUUCUCUUCAAUGUUUGAAAGGAAGCAGGUUACAUACACCCGCAGUUAUUUCCAGAUGCUAUUCACUGCCGGCUUAUCGGUAAUGUACUGCAUAUCGGUGAUAACAAAUAACGAGUCAGAGACGAUAAUGCAUGCCGCGAAGGCAUUGCAACAGGGAGAGAAAACAUUGAAAGAGAUGGGAAAGGAUUUACCAGACGCGCUUCAUUAUGUAGCUGUCUAUGAAGCAUUACGUGUGAAUGUGUUGGGGAAACUGAGCAUUACUACUGAGCAAUAUCAAGCAGCUGCUGUCCACAAUAGUGAUCUUGACAGUCAUGACAUACCGGGUGUUGACCACCUUCAACAACAGCAGCAUCUUGUUCACUCCUCAGAUAGUUGGUACAGGUUGUCCAACGAACCUAUGCUGGACGAGCAACAGCCCGUUUCUACAUCUCUCAUCCCGUGGGGCAACUUACUUGAGGAUAGCACUUUCUGGGGUAUGGAGUCUGGGCUGGGUGAAUAUGCGUACGGCGAUCCAAUGUUACUGUUUUCAAAUAUAACCGAAGACAAUGGAUGA